AUGUCUGAAAACGUUGCUCAUCGAAAGGUUCAAUGCUUCUUGUGCAACCUGCACGGUAAUCCUAAAGUGGGCUUGAAUUUUGAAGAAGAAAGAAAUCGUUGCGUAGCAGAAAAGAAACUUUUUGAAGAUCCGGAAUUUCCUGCAAGCGACGAAAGUCUUUAUAUGCAAAAAGCAGGAGAACAAAGCAGCGAAACAGAGUUUCAAAAGACACACAGAGGUUACAUUUGGAAGAGACCCGGAGAAAUAGUGGAAGAUCCCCAAUUUAUUGUAUCUGGCCAAAGUCGUUUUGAUGUUACUCAGGGGGCUCUCAGUGAUUGUUGUUUGAGCGCUUGUGCUUCAACGUUGCCACUGCAUGAAAAAUUGCUUCAUCAGGUCGUACCGUUAAAUCAAGGAUUUAAAGAGGGAUAUGCAGGUAAAAGAAUUUUUCAUUUUCAAUUUUGGCAUUAUGGCGAAUGGGUUGAUGUGGUCAUUGAUGAUCGCCUGCCCACCAAGAAUAACCACUUGGCAUUCAUGAGAUCUGAAGAUAAAAACGAAUUUUGGAGUUCAUUACUCGAAAAAGCUUAUGCAAAAUUAUGGGGCAGCUAUGAAGCUAUAACUGAUGGCUGCUUGGCAGAUAUCAUGGAAGAUAUGACAGCUGGGAUUGUGGUGAAUUAUACAAUCAGCGAAUACGACAGGACAACGUUGCGUAAGAUUGCUAAAAAGGCGUUUGCAAUGCGAUCUCUAAUAACAUGUGGCAUCGAUCGUUCAAAAGGGAAUUCCGGCAAUGAAUUGGUCCCCAAUCACGCUUAUGGCAUUACGGGUUUUGAAACGGUGCAAUACUUUGGUCGAGAAGUCUUCCUCGUUCGUCUUCGUAACCCGUGGGGUAACGCAAUUCAGUGGAAAGGACCUUUUGGUGAUAAGGCUGCAGAAUGGGAUUAUGUCUCAGAAGAUGAUAAGGAAAGGCUGUUGGUUGUCAAAGAUGACGGUGAAUUCUGGAUGGUGUGGGAUGACUUUAUGCGUCAGUUUUCAACUAUGCAUAUAUGUAUGUUAGGUCAGGAAAGUGUCAGAGAGGAUCAGGGCCUGUCCGACAAGAAUUCUAAUGAAACACGUGGUUGGCAAUAUGUGGAAAUUCACGGCGAGUGGUCAGCUGAAAAGGGUGUUGCUGGAGGACUGAAAUCUGGAAAUUUUACGUGUAAUCCACAGUACAGCAUCCGUAUACCAGAUGAUGGAGAUGAAGAAACAUCACUAAUAAUUGAAGUCAUGCAAAAACAUGAAAAAGAAACCAAAGGGACGUUUGUCAAAAGAAUUGGUUUUGCGAUGCUCUCAAGAAAUAGAGACCUAAAGAGGGUUAGCGAGGAUGAUAUUCUGCAAGACACAGCGUGGGUCACUGUUAAACAUAUCACAAUACACUCAGGUGAUUACUGCUUGAUUGUGUCUACGGAAAAUGGUAAUCAAAACGGUGAAUUCAUCUUGAGACUUCUUUUCGACAGGAAGAUUGAUGUCAUGUAA